ACUUUCAGUCACUGGACUGCUCCUUCAGCUGGAAUUCAAUCAAACAAAAAGACAUAGGGAGCCUGAGGAGAUGCAUUUGAGCGAGAACGAGGGAAUAGAGGGCGGCACCUUCGUGGUGACCGGCGGGCUGGGGUUCGUCGGCGCCGCCCUCUGCAAGGAGCUGGUCCGCCGAGGUGCCCGUGAGGUCCGCUCCCUCGAUUUGCGUUCCACCUCUCCCUGGUCCCAUGAUCUCCUCAGCAUCGGCGUUCGAUUCUUCCAAGGGGAUAUCUCCCGCAGGGCUGAUGUGGAGAAAGCACUGCGUGGAGCAGACUGUGUCUUCCACCUGGCGUCAUAUGGCAUGUCAGGGAAGGAGAUGUUGCAGUUUGGGCGCGUCGAUGAGGUGAACAUAAAUGGGACCUGCCAUGUCUUGGAAGCCUGUCUUGAGAUUGGGGUGGGGAGGCUCAUAUAUGUGAGCACGUAUAAUGUCGUGUUUGGAGGAAAAGAGAUUGUGAAUGGGAACGAAAGUUUGCCCUAUUUUCCUAUUGAUGAUCAUGUUGACCCAUAUGGCCAUAGCAAGUCAAUCGCGGAACAGUUGGUUUUGAAGAGUAAUGGCCGUCCUCUCAAGAAGAAUGGCAAACGUCUUUACACUUGUGCAGUGCGUCCCGCUGCUAUAUAUGGUCCUGGCGAAGAGCGCCAUUUGCCAAGGAUAGUAUCACUGGCGAAGUUGGGUCUCCUGCCUUUUAAAGUUGGUGAACCACGUGUGAAAACAGACUGGAUCUAUAUUGAUAACCUCAUUCUUGCAAUUAUACUAGCUAGUAUGGGACUUUUGGAUGAUAUUCCUGGGCAUGAAGGACACCCUGUAGCCGCUGGGCAGCCUUACUUUGUAUCAGAUGGCUUGCCAGUCAAUUCUUUUGAAUUUCUACAGCCUCUUCUUAGAAGUCUAGACUAUGACAUGCCCAAAUCUUCACUAUCAGUCCAGCGUGCUCUUUUUCUCGCGAGAGUUUUUUGGGCACUCUACACAAUGUUGUAUCCGUGGCUGAACAGGAAAUGGCUCCCUCAUCCGUUUAUCCUACCGGCUGAAGUGUACAAGGUUGGAGUGACCCAUUACUUCUCUUUCCUUAAGGCUAAGGAGGAGCUUGGGUAUGUCCCCAUGGUGACUCCUCGGGAGGGAAUGGCUGCGACGAUCUCAUACUGGCAGGAUAGGCAGAGGAAGUCCCUCGACGGGCCCACCAUAUAUGCAUGGUUAUUUUGUGUGAUCGGGAUGCUGGCCAUCAUGACUGCUGCCUUCCUUCCCGGGAUCGGACCCAUAGGAUUCCUCAAAAGUCUCUCUCUCUUCCUUUUCAGGUCCAUGUGGAUGACAAGGUUCGUGUGUAUUCUCGCUGUGGCAGCUCAUCUUGGUGAGGGCAUAUAUGCCUGGAAGCUUGCUAGGAGAGUGGACCCAGCCAACUCAAAAGGGUGGUUCUGGCAAACUAUUGUUCUCGGAAUCUUCUCUUUGCGGCUUCUGUUGAAGAGAGCUAAGAAGUGAGUUUUGGAUGCCAUGGUUUUAGUUCACGAUGGUAAGUCGGUGUUGGGCAUUUAGCUGAGGGAAAGGAAUUGAUGUAAUGUAAUUGUAAGAUCUGAUAAGAGGCUCCACAACUCAGGAGAGCAAAUGGGUUUAUCUCUUGGCUCUUUAGGUCUUUUCAUAAUUAUGUAUCUAUCGAAUAAAUCUGUCCCCUCCUGUAACUGUGGUUUAAUUGGACGGAAUACUAUGUGAUGUGGGUUAUCAGGAUUCGGCCGGUGAGUUGGUUGUA